AGAUCUGAGACUGUACGGUCAUCAUAAUAAUCGCUGAACAGGAACAAAGGAAUCAGUAGGCCUAUGCUGUUAGUAGCCUAUGAACAGUCCCACCUAAAUCGAUUGUGCACCACUCUGAAAAGAAAUGUAUGGCUAUGGGAGCCUACGCUGCGAAUAAAACGUCAUAUCAGAGAAGACGAGAACUGAAAAUCUUAGUUGUUUCCAACAAGGGAACACACAUAUCUUCAAGGAUAUAAAUGUAUAUGCGUAUAUACCUAAAAAGAAACCUAAAAUUUGCCUAUAGGCUAUAUGGCGUUGCAUCUCUUAUCCAAUGAAUUUUUUUGAUAAUUAUUCAGCUAUGAUUGGUAUACUUCCGUCCUCCAUUUUGAAAGCAGCGCCAUUAAUUUCGUAGUAGCUAACAACACUGCAAAGCAAGAUAGUCGACUUUUGACAACCCGUUAUAACUAUCUUUAUUAAGGAAUAGUAUAAGAUCAGUCACUGUGAUGUAACCGUUUCUUCAGAAUACACGCAAAAUAGUUUCAGUACGUGUAGUUAACUGUCCAGUAGGUCUAGUUACAGCCAAGGGUGCUAGCUAACUAGCUAGCAUUAUCUCAGUAAACCAUAACGUUAGCUAGCACUCGACUUCUACAGCAACGUUAACCAGCUGGCUUCAAGAAUGUCUGAGGAACAGUUUUUAACCGAGGAUCCCUUGAUGAAUAUGGAAGAAGACAGCGAAGCGAACAAUGACGAUCAAGUAUUAACAGGUGGAGAACCACAGGGUAGUGUUGCAGAAUCAGAAGGAUCAAAGAUUGAUGCCAGCAAAAACGAGGAAGAUGAAGGGAAGAUGUUUGUCGGUGGACUGAGUUGGGACACCACCAAGAAAGAUUUGAAAGACUACUUCAGCAAGUUUGGGGAGGUCGUUGAUUGCACUUUGAAGCUGGAUCCCAUGACAGGCCGAUCCAGGGGUUUUGGCUUUGUAUUAUUUAAAGAUGCUGAGAGUGUUGACAAGGUAAUUACACAAAAGGAGCACAAAUUAAAUGGAAAAGUAAUUGACCCCAAAAAGGCCAAGGCGAUGAAAAGCAAGGAGCCUGUAAAGAAGAUAUUUGUUGGCGGGCUAUCACCAGACACUCCUGAGGAGAAGAUAAAGGAAUACUUUGAUGGAUUUGGUGAGGUGGAAUCUAUUGAAUUGCCAAUGGAAAAUAAGACAAAUAAAAGGAGAGGCUUUUGUUUUGUUACUUUCAAAGAAGAAGAACCAGUGAAGAAAAUAAUGGAAAAGAAAUUCCAUAACAUAGGUUUGAGUAAGUGUGAAAUAAAGGUAGCCAUGUCGAAAGAGCAGUACCAACAGCAGCAACAGUGGGGAGGCAGAGGAGGUUAUUCAGUCCGGUCUCGAGGAAGAGGCGGAGGCCCAAAUCAAAAUUGGAAUCAAGGAUAUGGCAAUUAUUGGAACCAGGGCUAUGGCAACUAUGGAAACUAUGGCUACAACAAUCAAGGCUAUGGAGGAUAUGGGGGCUACGAUUACUCUGGUUACAACAACUAUUACGGAUAUGGUGACUACAGCAGUAUGUAAUACCAUUUGCAGAAGCGUAUUCAGACCCAUCAGCAGAGUGGCUAUGGUAAAUCUCCCAGGCGUGGAGGUCACCAGAACAGCUACAAGCCAUACUAAUGCAUGAACACCACAGAGUGUGCAGAGGUAUGUUAACAACUAUUUCAUCACAAACUUCUUUUCCCUCAGUAGAUUUUAAAGUUGAGUUGCAUAUGCUACAUUUACCUUUGUAAUUUACUUGCUUAAUUUUUUCCUUCUUGAAAGUUUUUUACAGCACCCUGGAGUGCUUUACAGUAGUGGUAACAUAGAGACGGCAAUCUUUUGGGGGCAGUAACAUAACAGACGGCCUUGCUGUCUUUUUCCUUUUUUUCUUCGCCAUGUUGUAACUGUAAAAGUUAACAGGUACAGUACUGCUAAGUGGGUACCAGAAGUAAAGGAUUUGCAAAGGAAAAAAAAGAAGGGAAAAAGAACGAAGAAUGUUGUCUCCUAACUCUGACAUAUACCUUGUUUGUACCUGCCAGCGGGGACUUCCUUGCAGGCCAUGAGCUGACUUCCCGAUUCUCUCAGGCCCGCUCAAUGCGGACAGGGUACGAGAGGCGUACGCUCUCGAAUGCUUCCCAUUUGGUAUGGUCUUCCAACAUCCUGUAUACCAAUAGUGAACAAAACAAAACAAACAUAAUAAAGCGGAUACGUCCAGCUUUAUCCUUCUUAUUUUUUUUCCUCUUUCAAUUUUUUUUUAAUCCAUUUUGAUUUAAUACAAUACAUUUAUGUAAUUUUAAUGCCAUUUUUUACAGGCACUUCAAGUAAUCGUUAAAUACGACAUCAUACUGAAAGAAUAACUACUUACUUUUCAAAGGAUACGGCUUUCUCUGGACUUUUCAAUGUCAUUCUGUAAUAUUAUUGCAUUCCUAAUCUUACCUGUAAUGCUUGCCUUUCCUUAUUUAUAGCUCUGGUAGCUGUAAUAGCCAGUAGUCCAUGAGCUAAAACCUGGUAUAUACUUGGAUGCCGCUGUGUCGUCGAAGUGCUUUAUUUUUUCUUAUCUGUACUGUGUGGUGUUGUACUGACAGCGGUGGAAACGCUUCUCUUUAAACAAUUUCAUCUAACAAAAUUCUCUUUUUUUUAACCUUUUGAUAAAUCAAAGUACCAAAUGUUGACAGAAAAUUUGCAUGUAAUGCUGUUUUUAAUGUGUAUUUUUUGACCAAUUGAAGGCUUGCCUUUCUUGUAUUUGGGCUUUGUCUUACUUCUACGAUUUGUUGCACCUCAGGAUUUAUAGCUUAUGGACUUACUUGUUGUUCCAUAUUCCAUGUAACUGUUAACUGUAAAGUAUUGUACAUUGAUAUUUCUUUAUUUUUUCUCCAUAAUGGAAUCGUAAACAAUGGAAUUCCUUUGACAUAAUUUGAGGGACUUUGUACUCUGAGGAAUAACUAACAUUUUGGCUUUGUCUUUUCCAGGUCCAGUACAAGGUACGGCAGGAGAGCAAAAGGAGAUGAAGUGAGACAGUGUGUCCAGAGUUGUGUAAUCAUGGACUAAUGAGAAGUGGCAGGAAAAGUCGUUAUAAACACCAACAUUCAACUAUUAAGCAGUUUUUCUUGUGAUCUAGAAGUUACAAACCAUGUUUUUUGUUACAUUUUGUUGCGUUAACAUUAGACUAUCUUACCUUUAAAAUUAACCUCUUGAUGUCUUCAAAUCUUAAGUAGAUCAUGUACUUAAAUAUUGUGUUUGUAAUUUUGCUCUCAAUCAUGAUGAAUACAUUCUGUUUCAGUUUGUUUUUUAUUUGUGGCAAGCCCUUUUUUAUUUAUCCAAAGCUUUUAGUGCAGUUAAACUAUUUCCAUUUCAGAUAUUUGUCACAAGUAGAAGCAAAUCAUGGGAUAAAGUACUCUAAACAAAAGACAAUAAACUUCAGUUAAUAUUCAA